AUGGUCUCUGUAUCCAGACUUUUGGGUGCCGGUGCCGUUUUCGUUGCUGCAGCCAUGGGAGGCACUUACACAGACCCUUCAUGGACCCGGCGCAGGUUCGAUCCAAAAGCAAACCCACCUUUUGUAUUUAGCGCCCCCCCUCCUCGAAGCGCGUGCAUUCAGAAUUUAAAAGAGCAUAACUCUCCAGAAAACCCCUUGGAUGUGAUGGUGAUUGGAGGAGGUUCUGUCGGGACUGGGGUGGCACUGGAUGCAGUUACCCGCGGUCUUUCCGUGGGUCUUGUGGAGAUGGGUGACUACGCCAGUGAGACAAGCAGUCGCAGCACGAAACUCAUUCAUGGUGGCAUUCGAUACCUGGAAAAGGCGGUUUUUCAGUGCGAUUUAAUGCAGAUGAAGCUGGUAGCCGAGGCACUCAGUGAACGCAGCAUUAUGAUCCACCAAGCACCUCACCUUUGUCACGGAAUUGCAACUCUCCUUCCGUGCUAUUCCCCUUAUGAGGUUGUCACAUACUGGGGAGGAGCCAAGUUAUAUGAUUUCAUUGCGGCCCUUUACGGUGGCACAAUCGCUUACUCCGGGUACGCAACGGCGUACAAGACCAUGUCCCUCUGUCCCAAUUUGCGCAAAGUUAAUGAUCGUAACAAGCCUCUUCUCGGCGCGGUGCGCUAUUACGAUGGCCAGAUGAAUGACGCCCGCUUGUGCUUUUCGGUGGCUAUGACAGCAGCCUCGUACGGUGCGGCAACCGCCAAUUACACUGAAGUCAAGAAGUCCGAAGAGAUCAAGGACGCGUCUGGAGAGAAGCUUGUGCGUUUAACCGUGAAGGAUCUUUUGAAGAAUGAGGAACUAACCGUAUAUUCCAGGUCCAUUGUCAAUGCCACUGGACCAUUUGCCAGUGAGGUGGAAAAGCUUUCCGGAGGCAAAAACACUGUCGAGAACGUUCCUUCGUCGGGAACGCACAUCGUCAUUGAGAAACGGUAUUGCCCUCGUAAUCACGAGGCUAUGGUGUUUCCAUCAUCAGAUGGGCGUGUCAUCUUCACGAUCCCAUGGCUUGGUGGCUGCCUUAUGGGAACUACUGACGAAAAAACGGUUAUCACGCAUGAUCCUAAGCCUAAAAAGAAAGAGGUUGACUUUAUUUUGGAAAAUGCGAGAUCGUUUUUUGGCGAUAUCCCGCAGGAAGCCGUUAUGUCCGUUUGGUCUGGCAUUCGCCCACUGGCGAAACUUAACACUCACGGGCGUGAUAAUGAGAGCACCGAAAAUAUGGUUCGUGAACACGUCAUUACAGUAAAUCCGGAUAAACUGAUGGUGACAGUAACCGGUGGCAAGUGGACAACAUAUCGCAAGAUAGCCGAGCAAACUGUUGACACCCUGCGCGAUACUAUCAUGAAAACGAAAAAAACAUUCAAGCCAUGCUCUACCAGCAAUAUUGUGUUGUAUGGUUCUCGCAAAUUUGACAGCGUUCCUGUUGUGCCGACGGAGGGUGUGCCUAAGGACGUUCAUGAGCAUUGGAGAGGAAACUACGGUGACUCCUACAGUGAAAUAUGCGCCCUGGCUCAAAAGGACAAUCAAAAAUAUCUCAAACGAUUGGUUGAGGGAUGUCCUGUGGUCGAGGCUGAGGUGCUGUGGUCAGCAGAGAAAGAGCACUGCGAGCAUGUUGUCGACUUUAUAUCCAGACGAACCCGGAUGUCAUUUGUUAACGUGAAAGCUGCCGAGGCUGCAAUUCCUCGUGUGUCUGAGUUGAUGGGGCAGGUGAAAAAGUGGAGUCGGUCUAAAAUUAAUGAGGAAAAAGCUCAUGCCUUUGCUGCAAUGAACUCAUUUAAGUGCUAA